AUGGCACAAUGCAGGAAUUUUACAAUUUGUGAUUAUUUGGCUUUUGAAUUAAUUGAUGGGCAUUUAUUUAUGAUAGUCAAUCUUGGAUCUGGUGAUAUUCGACUUCAGGCCUCUGCAAAAUCACUGAACGAUGGCUUAUGGCAUAGCGUUGUUAUGGAAAGGGGUGGACGUAAAGGGUUCAUCUCAGUUGAUUCAUUCCGAACUGAAUUCUCCUGUCCCGGAAUCUCGGCAAAUUUAGAUAUUGGUAAGAUAUGA